AUGAAGGGCAGGGAGGUUGUCGUCAGUACCGAGAUCCCUGAUGUUGACGUUCCGAAGCUCUCUGCCGAUCUGAAGACAGAGAAGGUCAUCCAGCCUGACGGAAAGAUCAAGAAUGUGUUGACGCAGAAAUUCAAGGGCAACGCCGAGCUACCCCUACCUAAGGUGUCUGGCGCAGACAUUGACGACAUCAAGCUUCCCGAUGGCUCGAUAAAGACAUCGUUCAAGCCCAAGGCUGGCUUCAAGUGGCCCAAGAUCUCAUUGCCAUCUCUACAACUUCCUGACUGGGAGUUUGGUUCUGGUGAUAGGUCGCCAAGCCCGGAGAGAAAGGAGAAAGACAAGGAAGAUGGCGACUUCAGCUUUGGGAUCAAGAUGCCUUCGUUCGGAUUCGGCAAAGGUGCCAAGAUUCCCAAGCUGGAUGGCGUUGACGGUCUUCUUGGCUACCUUCUUCCCGAGUCUGAGCUGCCAAAGCUUCGUAUCCGCGACAACACAGAAGUGAAUGUCAUUGACUUACCCGAUAUGAAGGGCAGGGAGGUUGUCGUCAGUACUGAGAUCCCUGACGUUGACCUUCCGAAGCUGUCUGCUGAUCUGAAGACGGAGAAGAUCGCCCUGCCUGACGGAAAGGUCAAGAAUGUGUUGACGCAGAAAUUCAAGGGCAACGCCGAGCUACCUCUACUUAAGGUGUCUGGCGCAGACAUUGACGACAUCAAGCUUCCCGAUGGCUCGAUAAAGACAUCAUUCAAGCCCAAGGCUGGCUUCAAGUGGCCCCAAAUCUCACUGCCAUCUCUACAACUUCCCGACUGGGAGUUUGUUUCUGGUGAUAGGGCGCCAAGCCCGGAGAGAAAGGAGAAAGACAAGGAAGAUAGCGACUUCAGCUUUGGGAUCAAGAUGCCUUCGUUCGGAUUCGGCAAAGGUGCCAAGGUUCCCAAGCUGGAUGGCGUUGACGGUCUUCUUGGCUACCUUCUGCCAGAGUCUGAGCUGCCAAAGCUUCGUAUCCGCGACAACACAGAGGUCGCCAAGCCGGAGAGAAAGGAGAAAGACAAGGAAGAUAGCGACUUCAGCUUUGGAAUCAAGAUGCCUUCGUUCGGAUUCGGCAAAGGUGCCAAGGUUCCCAAGUUGGAUGGCGUUGACGGUCUUCUUGGCUACCUUCUGCCAGAAUCUGAGCUGCCCAAGCUUCGUAUCCGCGACAACACAGAGGUUGAUGUCAUUGACUUACCCGAUAUGAAGGGCAGGGAGGUUGUCGUCAGUACCGAGAUCCCUGAUGUUGACCUUCCGAAGCUGUCUGCCGAUCUGAAGACUGAGAAGAUCACCCUGCCUGACGGAGAGAUCAAGAAUGUGUUGACGCAGAAAUUCAAGGGCAACGCCGAGCUACCCCUACCUAAGGUGUCUGGCGCAGACAUUGACGACCUCAAGCUUCCCGAUGGCUCGAUAAAGACAUCGUUCAAGCCCAAGGUUGGCUUCAAGUGGCCCAAGAUCUCACUGCCAUCUCUACAACUUCCAGACUGGGACUUUGGUUCUGGUGAUAGGUCGCCAAGCCCGGAGAGAAAGGAGAAAGACAAGGAAGAUAGCGACUUCAGCUUUGGAAUCAAGAUGCCUUCGUUCGGAUUCGGCAAAGAAUCUGAGCUGCCCAAGCUUCGUAUCCGCGACAACACAGAGGUUGAUGUCAUUGACUUACCCGAUAUGAAGGGCAGGGAGGUUGUCGUCAGUACCGAGAUCCCUGAUGUUGACCUUCCGAAGCUGUCUGCCGAUCUGAAGACUGAGAAGAUCACCCUGCCUGACGGAGAGAUCAAGAAUGUGUUGACGCAGAAAUUCAAGGGCAACGCCGAGCUACCCCUACCUAAGGUGUCUGGCGCAGACAUUGACGACCUCAAGCUUCCCGAUGGCUCGAUAAAGACAUCGUUCAAGCCCAAGGCUGGCUUCAAGUGGCCCAAGAUCUCACUGCCAUCUCUACAACUUCCUGACUGGGACUUUGGUUCUGGUGAUAGGUCGCCAAGCCCGGAGAGAAAGGAGAAAGACAAGGAAGAUAGCGACUUCAGUUUUGGAAUCAAGAUGCCUUCCUUCGGAUUCGGCAAAGGUGCCAAGGUUCCCAAGCUGGAUGGCGUUGACGGUCUUCUUGCCUACCUUCUGCCAGAAUCUGAGCUGCCCAAGCUUCGUAUCCGCGACAACACAGAGGUUGAUGUCAUUGACUUACCCGAUAUGAAGGGCAGGGAGGUUGUCGUCAGUACCGAUAUCCCUGACGUGACCUUCCGAAGCUGUCUGCCGAUCUGA